ACAUACAUAUUCAGUGGUGAGUAAGAACAGGAGUAGAAAGCCUUACUUACCACAGUUUAUUAUAUGUUUCAUGCCCGUGAUGAUGACUUUUGUAAUGCCACUUGUGAAAAAAUUGAUCAGAUUAGGAUGAAUCACCUCGCUGGGACCAACAGUUAUUGGAAUGAUUCUCCACGUGUGACUUUGUUGCACUCUUACAAAAUGUGGCAGGAUAGACCUGCCCAGCCAUCGUGCCGAUGUUUAUUUGUAAUGCUGCCUUAAGGAGAUGAGGAGAUGAGAGCCAAUUGUUCCAGCAGCUCAGCCUGCCCUGCCAACACUUCAGAGGAGGAGCUGCCGGUGGGACUGGAGGUACAUGGGAACUUGGAACUGGUUUUCACAGUGGUGUCCACCGUGAUGAUGGGGCUGCUCAUGUUCUCUUUGGGAUGCUCCGUGGAGUUCCGGAAGCUGUGGUCACACAUCAGGAGACCCUGGGGCAUUGCUGUGGGACUGCUCUGCCAGUUUGGGCUCAUGCCUUUUACAGCCUAUCUCCUGGCCAUCAGCUUCUCUCUGAAGCCAGUCCAAGCUAUUGCUGUUCUCAUCAUGGGCUGCUGCCCAGGGGGAACCAUCUCUAACAUUUUCACCUUCUGGGUUGAUGGAGAUAUGGAUCUCAGCAUCAGUAUGACAACCUGCUCCACUGUGGCUGCCUUGGGAAUGAUGCCGCUCUGCAUCUAUCUCUACACUUGGUCCUGGAGUCUUCAGCAGAAUCUCACCAUUCCUUACCAGAACAUAGGAAUUACCCUUGGGUGCCUGACCGUCCCUGUGGCCUUCGGUGUCUAUGUGAAUUACAGGUGGCCAAAACAAUCCAAAAUCAUUCUCAAGAUUGGGGCCGUUGUUGGUGGGCUCCUCCUUCUGGUGGUCACAGUUGCCGGUGUGGUCCUGGCAAAAGGAUCUUGGAAUUCAGACAUCACCCUUCUGACCAUCAGUUUCAUCUUUCCUUUGAUCGGCCAUAUCACGGGUUUUCUGCUGGCACUUUUUACCCACCAGUCUUGGCAAAGGUGCAGGACGAUUUCCUUAGAAACUGGAGCUCAGAAUAUUCAGAUGUGCAUCACCAUGCUCCAGUUAUCUUUCACUGCUGAGCACUUGGUCAAGAUGUUGAGUUUCCCGCUGGCCUAUGGACUCUUCCAGCUGAUACAUGGAUUUCUUAUCGUUGCAGCAUAUCAGACGUACAAGAGGAGACUGAAGAACAAACAUGGAAAAAAGAACUCAGAUUGUAUAGAAGUCGGCCAUACGAGGAAAUCAACUUCUUCCAAAGAGACCAGUGCUUUCUUGGAGGUGAAUGAAGAAGGUGCCGUCACUCCUGGGCCACUGGAGCCAGUGGAUUGCCACAGGGCUCUCGAGUCAAUUGACCACAUCACUUCAUGUGAAUAGCAGGGACUUGCUGGUUGGACUGGCCCCCUUCGUUUUCAGCAGCCAGUAAAGACAGUGUGCAGCUGACACGUGAAUCUUGUUAGGGCCAGUGUGAAUAUUUCAAUGUCCAAUGUUAGAAUAUUUAUAUUUCCAUGUGGAUUGUGAAUUGUGAUAGGAUCACUUUUGGAGAUUCCCAUUUGAAGAAGUUUCUUCUGGGGGUUAACAUAAUGUAUCAAUGAGCUGCCUUGCACGUUCUUAUCUUCCCAUGCAGCAAAUAGUACCUGGCAGUAGGUAAAAUCCUACUGCAUAAUGGGAACUCAUCCUCAUGUUGUGGGGUUUAAUUUAAGAAGAGUUAGGACUGUGAGUAGAGGAGAUGUCACCUCAUACUGCAGGGCAACGCAGACCUACGUGACUUCUUGACUCUGGGCAGAGUCCUCUGGUGCACUGGAGGGGUGGGAAACACAUAGCUCUUAUAAAAAAUGGGGCAGUUUUCUCAAAUGAUUAUUAUUUUUAAGAAAUUGAAAAUAUUUUUUGCUUAUAGAUGUAAUACAAGCUUGGAGAGAAUUUAAAAAACACAUAAGGUUAAACGUGAAAUGCCCUGUAUUUUCACUCUGUAAAGACAGACACAUGUGGCCGGGCACAGUGGCUCAUGCCUGUAAUUCCAGCACUUUGGGAGGCUGAGGCAGGC